ACGUACAGGGCUCUACACGGCAGCGGGUAGUUGAGAUAAAAGUGAGCUGUCCUGUCUGCUCUGUUGUGGAGUUACUGUCUCAAACAAAAGUAGUCGUAAAAAUGUCGGUGGUUAGCGGCGCCCUCGGCCGAAAUGUUUUGGCUAUUAGGAAUUCUGGCAUGAUGGUGAUGGUUCGGCAUGCUCAGACAUCAGCUGCCCCGGCUCCUGAACCCAGGAUCAAGAAGUUCCAAAUUUACCGCUGGGACCCAGACACUGCUGGAGACAAACCACGAAUGCAGACAUAUGAUAUCGAUCUCAACACCUGUGGUCCAAUGGUUCUGGAUGCCCUCAUUAAGAUCAAGAAUGAGAUUGACCCCACACUCACAUUCAGGCGCUCCUGCCGUGAGGGUAUCUGCGGCUCAUGUGCCAUGAACAUAAAUGGAGGCAACACACUGGCAUGUCUUAACAAAAUUGACAGCAACACAACCAAAGUAACCAAAAUCUACCCCCUCCCACACAUGUAUGUGGUCAAAGAUCUGGUGCCUGAUAUGAGUAACUUCUAUGCACAGUACAAAUCCAUUGAGCCCUACCUGAAAAAGAAGGAUGAAGCUCAAGAAGGGAAGGAGCAGUAUUUCCAGUCGGUGGAGGACAGGCAAAAACUGGACGGCCUGUAUGAGUGCAUCCUCUGUGCAUGCUGCAGCACCAGCUGUCCCAGCUACUGGUGGAAUGGAGACAAAUACUUGGGACCUGCUGUUCUAAUGCAGGCAUACCGGUGGAUGAUUGACUCCCGUGAUGAAUUCACUGAGGAGCGUCUGUCCAAACUUCAGGACCCCUUCUCGCUCUACCGCUGCCACACUAUCAUGAACUGCACUAAGACGUGUCCCAAGGGACUCAACCCAGGGAAGGCCAUUGCAGAGAUUAAGAAAAUGAUGGCGACUUACAAAGAGAAGAAAGCAGCAGCUUCGUGAACAUAUGAAAAUCCAGCUGGCUCAAGAAUCAGUUAUAAAAACUGAAACUAAGUUAAGAGGAAGUGAAGAGCCAACCAGGAAAUUUUACCUCCAUCAGCACCUUCAUGUGAUUUCCAUGAGUGAGUGAAAUGUGAGUGUGUGGAUGUGUGUAAGUGUGAUUUGUUUGAGGGAGAGGAAGACAGGAAAUUGUGAGAGAAAGGUGCUGGAAAGAACCAUUAAGCUAAAUACUUUGUGGCAUGCAACAUGUUGGACCACAUUUCUGCUAUUUGUCUGCAUAGUGAAAAGGCAUGAAGUCUUUGGUAAGAGCUCAAGACAUUGUAUUCAGGCUGUAAAUAUUUAAAUAUGUGUUAAUUAAAGAUGUGCUGAGCUCAUUGAAGAAGUUAAAUGUAUGUUUAUUGGAUCAGGGAUGGACAAAUUACCCACUCAUUGAUUGCCUUUGCAACUUACAUUGUAAUAAACAAUACUGAAGCAACUAAUGAGACAUUCUUAAUCCUUGAAAGAUGAAAAAAUGUGGACUUGUCAAAGCAGGACGGAAAGACGUGGAAUUAGUAACAUUAAUGAUGGCUGGAUUUCAUUUAAGUGAGCCAGUUCCAGGGCUCUGGUUUUAUCCAUACUCACUCACUGACAUGGCUUACUGGGACACUAAAUGGAAUGAAGCAGUUACAAAUAUUAUUUACAUCUCUGCUCUUCCUGCUUUAACGAGUCAAAAUGUAUGCCAUGAAAAAUGGGUUGAUGGGGAUGUGGUCACAAUUUGCAUUUACUGGUUUGUGGAGAAAUAACUGACCAGCUGCAACACAACAGGAACUCUACAGUAACCAUGGAUGAUUACCCUAUGUGGCCCCUCAUCUGCAGAAUGUCACCCAAAUUACUGAAACAUAUACUGACAAGAAAAAGAAUCAAACUGACCACAAAGAGAUGCAAAACCACGUCUGUGCCUUGCUCCCAUGUGGUUGUAGAAGAGGUGGUGGGGGCUUUUGCAUAUCUGUGUCCAGGGGCUCAUUGACUCAUAAUCCACCCAUGACAGUAAACAAGUCAACAUUGCAGUUCAUGUCAUCUUUCUAUGGGCCCCCCACCUCAAAGGCCCCUGUGCAGUCACACUGCCUGCACUGUCCAAUAUUCAAAUCAGCUCAAAAUGCCCCUCUGAUAUAUUGAUAAAAAUAUAGGUUAAAGAAGAAAAUGUUCCAAUGUUACGCAACCGCACCGCUGUCUGGAAUAAUUAUUAGCAAAUUUAAUCAUAAUCACAAAUAAAGAACAAAUGUAUGACUUUAUUAUGUAUUACUACUGGCUAUAAUAUUGUGGUGUACUGCAGUUCAGUAUAUGGUUUGUGCAAGUGGUGUUACCAUACCCCAGCAGACACCAUUACUGUCAAACACUACUGUAUCUCUAUUUCAUGACUUUCAAAUGUAUUAAAAAGUGGAAAAC